AUGUCGUCUCUCGCAGCCAUUCUCGCCCUCUUCGUCAUCCUAUCCCCUUUCGCUACGUCAUCAACGGCCGCCGCCGGCGACGAUGACUCACGGUCGGCGUACGAUAUCAUCCAAGACUUCGACUUCCCGAUGGGUCUGCUCCCGAAGGGCGUCACUGGUUACGAACUGGACCGAAGCAACGGUCAAUUCCGAGCUUAUUUGAACGGUUCCUGCAGUUUCGCAUUGGAAGGGUCGUACCAGCUCAAGUAUAAGUCCACCAUCAGUGGCUCUAUCUCCAAGAACAAGCUCUCUGCGCUCACUGGGGUUAGCGUCAAGGUCUUGUUCUUGUGGCUCAACAUCGUCGAGGUCACUCGGAGCGGCGACGAUCUUGAAUUCUCUGUGGGGAUCGCUUCUGCUGCGUUUCCGAUUGACAACUUUUACGAGUGCCCACAGUGCGGGUGUGGAUUGGAUUGCGUCAAUGGGCAAGUAAGGAAAAUUAAAAUGAACCCUCUUGUUUCUUCAAUUUGA